AAAAAUUUUAAUUUAAAAUAAAUAAUUACAUUUCAAAAAAAUAAUAAAAAAAUAGUUAAAUAAAUGGAUCCUGUUUUAAAGCAACUUAAAAUUAAGAGCGGAGCUGUUAAGCGUCUCUAAAAGGAAUACGUUUGCUAUCAACUUGAAGAAUAAAAGCAAAAAGAGAAGCUUGAAUAAAUGAAAUAAUAAGGUGUUGACGAUUAUGAAAUCAAGAAAAUGACUGAAUUCUUAGAAGAAACCCAAGCAGUUUUUCCUGGAUGCAGAACUCGUUUAUAAGAUACUUUAAACGAAUUUACUAGUUGGAUGAAUGAAAAUGGUGAUAAUUUAGCUAUUAAAGAUACUUAAGAAAAGACUGAAGCCGAAGAUAUUAUUUAAUAAGCAACAUAAUUUUUAGAAUAAUUGAAUGCUUUAAAUUGA